AACUUUCAAGCUAAUUUAGAGGAGCUGUUCGAGCACACCCAAACAGAUCUCCCCUCGCUCCGGCCGCCGCCGCCGCCAUGUUGAAAGCGGAGAGAGAAGGGCGACCACGGGGCCUCCCGGAGGAGCUCGUCGUGUGGGAGAUCCUGCUCCACCUCCCCCCCAAGCCGCUCCUCCGCUGCCGCCUGGUCUGCCGCUCCUGGCGCCGCCUCACCUCCACCCGCGCCUUCCUCCACGCCCACCACCGCCGCCAGCGCCCCCUCCCCUUCGUUACCGGCUACGACAUCGACCAUGGGGGCCCGACCUUCGUCGACUUCCUCGCCCUCGACCGCCGUGACGCCGCCGCCCCCGCCGCGCGGCUCCAGCACGUCGCCAGGUUCAGCGACACCGCCAUCUUCGUGAAGGACUCCUGCGAUGGCAUCCUUGUCCUCUCCGGCCGCCGUCACGAUACCUACGCUGUCUGUAACCCGGCCACCCGCCAGUACGGUGGCCUCCCGAUGCUUGCUGGGUUCACCUUCAUGGGGUUGUACCAGCACCGCCCCACCGGCGAGUACCGGAUUCUCGUGGUCCGGAGGACGAUGUCUACCUUUGAUAACAUUUCCUACCACGUUUACACACUGGGCUCCGGCGACAUGCCGAGGUGCAUUGGGUGGUGGCAGUGGGUGGCAGGCUGCCCACCUGUCCUGUUCAAUGGUAGCCUGCAUUGGUUCGAGACAUUGGGAGACAAGAUUCUGGUGUUUGACACUACAGCCGAGUCUUUCCGGUGGAUGCGUGCUCCAAAUAAUAAGAUCAAAUUUCUCUUCGAGACUGAUGGCACGCUCGGCAUUUUCGGUGGUGCGGCGGUUGUCGAUAUCUGGGUGUUGCAGGAUUAUGAGAGAGAGGUGUGGUCUCACAAGUACCGGGUUGAGAUGCCAGUUCCAGAGAUCAGGGGGAAGCUUGAUGAGGGUGAUAAUUGGGAGGUGACUGUUUUUUCGGAUGGUGGGCAUUUGCUUUUGCUAGUUGAAGGCAAACAAUGCCUGCUUUACUUUGAUACUGAUGGCAAGCUGCUGGCCACUUUCCAACAUGAUGGUCACACCCCCUGGAUGACUGCUGUGAUGCUUAAACAAAGCCUUGUUCCACAUGCAUUCUUUCCAUUGCUAGAAGGUUAUGCCGUGAAUGCUCCACGAUUCAUCUGAAGUCUGUUGAAUCAAGUCGUCUAUCUUUUUAACAUUUCCUUCUUGUGUGCUUUUGAAUUACAUAUGGUGCAAUCUAUAUGAAGUAGAUGAAGUUUUAUCACUCAAACUUCUUGGUUGAGGUAUGCAGUAUUUAUACAAUUAUACUUCUAACCUGAACUAAUGGUCGCUGCAUAAGCGUUAUUUCUCUGCAUGAGUCGUUGGUUUGUUCUAUCAUGUAAUGCAAAACCUCGAUGAAAUUACUAUUAAUUCUCCAUGUUUACAGUCUUUUGGUCUAAGGUGGACAGUACUCAUUGGUUAGUGAUGAAUGAUACUGAUCUCUGGUUUUGUCUACAAAAAUUUGAUACUUAUCUGAAACCAUUAUCUUGAUGAAAUUCACUGUUUGGUACUAGUUGGUCAAUGCCCAUAAAAGAUUUUCAAACUAGUUCGUAGACAAUGGUUGAUAUCUUGAGAUAUUAUACUGCUAAAACUGUCCUACCAAAAUACAAUACUCCCUCGUUACAUAUUAUAAGAUGUUUUGGCCCUACCAGUGCACUGGUAAAAUCUAAUUAUAUAGGAAUGUUGAGUAUCAUAUGGUUACAGCAUUCAUGAUGGUUUAACCAAUCCUGACAUUCUGUCAUUAGAUAAUCUUGAUUCAUUCCACUUCUCCAUCCUUAAGCACCAAUUUUGUGGCCACAACAUAAUAUUUCAGAGUUAUGUUGAAC